UCGCGCAACGUCUUGUGUGCUAGCAUGCACCCCUUCCGCCUAAACCCAUCCGCAAAGGAUACGCUCAGUCAUGGGAGUCCGUUACCUCAACCAUGCAAUUUCCACCAUCAAUAAUUUAAUCUAUUUGCUCCAAAGCUGAAGACACAACUUGAAGCAGCCAGGAGAAAACGGAAGGGAAAUACAACGAAAUAAUCAUAACAAUUACGCAGCGCGUUCUCCAAAACAUCCCAGAUGACUCGAUCCUGUUGAUUGGUCUCUUUUACGACUGGACAGUAAGAGUUCCAACAGGUUAGAAGAGUGAUGACCAUCCUGUUCCUUACUAUGGUUAUUUCAUACUUCAGUUGCUUAAGAGCCGCGCCCCUGAGAGACAGCCCAGGUGUGCGGGGGCACCGAGUGGAGGGCUACCUGGGCGCCGCGGCGACGGCCGCGCGAGGAGGCCACGGGACUCCACAGAGUGGGGGCGGACUGCCCUCGCUCUCGGACACGUUCGAGCAGGUGAUCGAGGAGCUUCUGGAGGGGGGGGAGGGCGGCAGCGACCCUCAGGGCGGCAGCGAGGGCUCCCAGGGAGGGGGGGGGCCCGGCCCCGCGGGCUCGGCAGCGGCGGCGGCGGCGGCGGCGGCAGCAGCGGUGGCGGCGGAGGCCAAAGACGUCGACCUGUACGCCUCGCGCGUCAUGCUCAGCAACCAAGUGCCUUUGGAGCCGCCGCUGCUCUUCCUGCUGGAGGAAUACAAAAACUACCUGGACGCCGCGAACAUGUCCAUGCGCGUGCGCCGGCACUCCGACCCCGCCCGCCGCGGAGAGCUGAGCGUCUGUGACAGUAUUAGCCAGUGGGUGACCGCCGUGGACAAAAAGACGGCCAUAGACAUGUCUGGACAGACCGUCACCGUCAUGGAGAAGGUCCCCGUGCCCAAUGGUCAACUGAAGCAAUAUUUUUACGAGACCAAAUGCAAUCCGCAAGGAUACACAAAGGACGGCUGUCGGGGAAUAGACAAGCGGCACUAUAACUCACAAUGCCGGACAACCCAGUCAUACGUGCGUGCACUCACCAUGGAUAGCAAAAGGAAGAUCGGUUGGCGGUUUAUACGGAUAGACACGUCCUGUGUUUGCACAUUGACCAUUAAGAGAGGAAGAUAGUGUAUACAAUGUAUAGAUUUUAUUGAGAGUUCUAAAAAAAGAGAGAAAAAUAUCUAUUUGUAUAUAUACAUAACAGGGUAAAUUAUUCCGUCAGAUGAAAAUUUUAUGGACUGCAUGUAAAAAAGAUGAAGUUUAUACAGUAAAGUGAUACUACAGUCUAUUUAUUGAACAUAUUCAUGACCUUGUAAACAAUUAAAAAAAGAUCUGAUCAGUCAUUUGCGCCCAGUUUAAAUUACUAUAUCACAUUCCUCGAGACAUUGUGUUCUUUUUUAUGUUGCCAAGAAUUCGGUCCAGUCAGAAGAUACAGGAGGGGGAAGACUCCCAUAUUUAAAAAAAAAAAAAAAAAAAAAAUACGAGAAAAAACUUGCAUGCUGCUUCUAUUGUGAAUUGAGAAACUGUCCACUUUGGGAAACAAGGAAAUGGUUACUGACCAAAACAUUCCGUUUACAUUUUCAGCAGUUCAAGGGUUGUCCUCCUCUCAGUACAGUACUUUAUCUGUUUACUAUUCAAAUCUUCUCAAGGUAAUGUUGAAAUUACAUACUAUGUCAAGGUGCUGUUGUCAAAGCUUUGCUGUUUUAUUUUUUU